GCCAUAUUGUCGGCGUUAUUCAGACUCUGAAGCGCAUUGAGAACUCAUAUAGAUUUCUCUGUUGUUCUCAGCAGAUUUUCUCAGUCGUUUUUAUUCCGUAUUUGUGUCCUUUUCUGUACAUCUGUAGUUUGUCGUGAACGUGUCUCGGCGGUGCUGUCAGAAUGAAUGGCCUUAACCCCCAGUUCGCUGUGAUCGGUACCACCUUCGUGGAGUCCUUCUACCCAAUGUUCGACAGCCUAACUUUCAAAACAGACGAAAAUGCUAAGAGACAGUUGCUCUCGUUCUAUCAUGAAAAUGCUAUGCUGUCUUUUGAGGGCUCACAAAUACAAGGAAAUGAAAAUAUUGUCGCCAAAUUUAUUAGUUUACCAUUCAAGUCAUUAACAAGAGUAGUGACAACAGUCGACUCGCAGCCAAUUGCAGAUGGUGGAGUGGCAAUCAUGGUUGUUGGACAACUCAAGACUGAUGAUGACUCACCUCACCCGUUCAGCCACGUGUUCAUUCUGCGACCCAAUUCAGGAUCAUUUCACAUUUGUCACGAGUUUUUCAGACUGGGCUUACACAACAUCUAGGCUGACCAGCAGAGUAAAGAACUGUCAUGAGCGUCACACACGGAGCUGAUCAAAUGAGGUGUGAAGUGGACUGUUUCUGCACAGUGCUAAAAAUCGUGUAAGGCGGCGGACUACUUCAGUCAUGUCUUUGUAGAGAGCUACUGUCUAUUACGCCCCAGGAGAAAUGUUUGUUGUUGACCACAGCUGCCCCACCGGGCUCAAUUUGUUCAGUCACUAGUCUGAUCAACAUCCUGCUGCUGUGGGAACUCAGACAUGAUGCCAGAAUUGUUUUGUCUUCAUUUUUUUUUUUUUUUUUUUUUUUGCACUGCACCGAAAUUGUUUAGCUGUUAUUAAAUAUUACAAGAUCAGCACGUUCUGUCAGGUGUAAUUAUGAAUUUGUGAUCUGUAGCCCUUCUUUCCUUAAAUGUGUAUGGUACAUAAGUGUUUUGUAUGGUUUUAAAAAAAAGAUUCUAUGAACAGCCGUGUCCUUUCCAGAGGCUUGUUAGCCCAGUAUUACUGUAACUUGUAACAACUGUAGAUGUUGGCCACAUGCUUUGUGAUACUCGACUGUUACGGCAGUCUUUAACCAAUCGCCCAGUUUAUUAGAUUUUGAUAUGAGAAUAUGGGUAACUGGGGGCACUUCUCGCCGAAAUCACCACGCUGAAGAAACUGAUAAAAUAUCUGCUGCUUAAAAUGGAAGCAGGUACUUGUAUGGUCUUCUGUGAAUAAAAUGAGUUUUUAACGAAA